CAUUUGUCCUGAUAUCGCGUUGCGCUCUCGGAUUGAGCCAUUUUUUCACUGAUCGACGGCGGUGUAAAUAGUUGAUAUUUGAACUGCAUUCGCUUGCGUCUCCACAUCCAUGGUUUUCCCACGCGCUUCGAAGCCACUCUCGCGUCCUCGCGCCGUCUAUUAAGAUAAAUCAGUGUGCCUCUAUUAAUUACAGUGUUAUUUAUUGACUUGGUGAAAAUGCAGCAGUGAUUUGCCAAAGUGAUACAAUUAAAAUUAGAGUUAAUUGAAAUUUAAUUAAGGUUGAUUGGUUUCAAUGAAAAAGUUGGAAAAUGGAAUCGGCAGCAUUUGAUGAUCAAAUAUUUAGUGAAUUCAACGACACCCUCAGUCCGCUUGGCACGAAAGCUAUACAUGCUAGUGGACCCAGUGGUCAUAACAUACAAGUGGUGUUGGGCAUUAACCAAUCUUCGCCCGAUUCGUGCACGCAACGUUUACCAGAAGUGAACAGUAUCCUAGCCGCUGGAUCACCCAGUUACAAGAAUAUAGAUUACACCAACCUGAAUAAAGUGGACUACCACUCAAAUGGAAAAAUUGAUCAGCAGUAUUCGCCCAAUUCCAACAAGAUGGAGUACAUCAACUGUAAGCUCGAUUAUUAUUCGCCGCAGCUCAACGUUAAUAGUAACCCAAAUAAAGUAGAAUUUGUUAAAACCCUAGAUUACAAUGCCAACGGCCGCAUCGAAUAUUCGCCGCCUUCGAAAGCAUCGGACUACGGCAGCGGGAAGCUGGAGUACGAAACCACCAUGACUAUCUUCCAGCAGCCACCGCCCAUGAGUUCCUCCUCGCUGAAUGGCUUGAACGAUCCUGGCAAACGGAAAAACGACGAAGUGCAUAGUGCUUCGGGAUCGUCAACGCCCACCACGACAACUCCGAUUGUCAACGGAAACGGAAGUGACAGUGCCUCUAGUUCGAACAAGAAAAACGACAAGAAGAAGGCCGAUCCUAACGGAAUUAAAAAGAAAAAGACAAGGACAACCUUCACCGCAUACCAACUAGAAGAGCUAGAAAGAGCUUUUGAACGAGCACCCUAUCCUGAUGUCUUUGCACGCGAGGAACUUGCACUCAAGCUCAACUUAAGCGAAUCUCGUGUUCAAGUUUGGUUCCAGAAUCGGCGCGCCAAAUGGAGAAAACGCGAACCACCUCGAAAAUCCGCCUAUAUGGGCAAUAACAGUCCAUCGACGCCAAUGAAUGGGCCGAUUGGUACCACGUUCACACAGUACCCGCAGACAACGACAGUGACUCCACCAGGCAGCGUGGAAAGUUGGCCCACCUACCAAACCCCGUACGAGCUAAGCCCUCAUUUCAAUCUUCUAUCUCCUGCUGCUAGUCCUUAUGGUUCCUUUACCACCCAGUAUGGUACUUAUGUGCAUGAAAGUCAAUUAUUUCCCGUACGGCAACAUUUCGAUUACGGUAGUCCAUCCCGGCCAGGAGCUGAGCCCGAGGAGCCACAUCACAAAACAGAACAUUAUGCGUCACUGGACGAUAAAUUCGAUACGCACUGUUCUGUCUCCGAUGGAGUCACCAAUGGGAAAUACGUUGACGACACCAAGUACAUCCAUGCUGUCAACAUCAUCGAUGAUCCUAAAUACACCAGCAAUUGCCACAUGGAAGACCCAACUUUGAAACAAUCCCAUUACGGUGCACCAAGCUCGUGUCAGCCGGGAGACGAGGCCGACUCCCUUGGAAUCGUAAAAUCUGAGGAUGGCGUUAAUCAUAGUUACGUUUUGCCACCUUUUUUGCGCUGAGGCAUAACCAGAUAGCAUCGUUUGUUAGUAUUAAAGCUAUUUAACGGUAUAAGGGCUAACACGAGAACAAAGUAAUCAUUUUCUAUAACAUGUAGAUAAAAAAAUCAAAAACUCUCCGAUAAAAGUAUACAACAGAUGCCUUAUACAAAAACAAACAGAAAUCUUCUUUUCAUGUCACGCAAAGCGUGUCUCUAUUUAAAAGUCGAAACGAGGCGUUGAUUUACACACUCGAGCAAAAUCCCCAAAAAAUUGGCCUCACGCUUUCGACAACAGUUGCGGUUCGCCCGCAAAGGUUCCUUUUUUGAGGGCCAACAUAAAUUAUAAGGGACGAAGAAAAGGUAAACGCCAGUGCCUGGGGAUAUUUAUUCGAUCGCUGAAAAAGUUUCCACACCAGUGAAGCUUUUAACCUAACACUAUAUGCUUGAACAUGUAACUGUUGAAUGUAGCACAAUUCUGUGCCUCCAAAUCAAUCAAGCAAAUGUUAGCAGGCGGACCGUAAGUAAUUCAAUAUUCAAACAAAUCCAUUCAUCAUAAACUCAUUUUGGAAUCCAACUGCCAGAAGCAACUGUAUGUCACAAAGCCUUUUUUCAGUAAUACUGAAGAAACAAAUAAAUAUUCGUCUGACCGUUUGAACAAGCGGUAUAGCAGGCAGUUUGGUUGGAAUAAUGCUAAAUAAAAAUCUGUGACCGCAGUUUUUUUCAAGACAAUCAUCAACAUGGAUACCCUUAACUAAUGAAAUGCGGUUCUAUAACAAACACAAAGAUUAUUUUAUGACGGAUUAAGUCAUUUGUCCAUAAGAAAAUAAGCAAACGACAGGGGAAAAUAAUAAAAGGCUUUUUAUAAAAACUAAUGAGAAGAAGAAUUUCUUACAUGAACAUAAAUUACACAACAAAAUCCAUACGUCUAUCCAGAAAAUGUUCCGAUUCCGUUAGCGUAGUACACAGUUGCCGAAAUCCCGGUGAAUUACGAAAUCACUUGAAAACUGUUAGUGUUUAUCGAGUUUAUUUAAUGUUGUUAGAAACGUUGAUUCUGAUGCGUCAGGCAUGAUUCAAUUUAGUUCAAUGUAAAUACUAAUAGUACGUUGAUGACGUGCAAAGCAGCCGUAACAAACAGAUGCACAGAAGUGCAUUUAUAUUCUCGCUGAGGCACAAAAAAUCUCUAGCGACAUGUACCGGUUAAAAUUUUAUGCUGUGCGAAGAUUUCCCUCUCUUCGGCGAGGCAUUGCAGAGAUCACUUGGAAUGUGUCUGCAAUUUGUACGGAAGGAUAUACACAUUCUACUUGCCUACGCAGGGUGCGAACUGCGUCAGGAAAUCUUCCUAGAUGUGCCUGUAUACAUUAGCACAUAGUAUCUAUACGAAUGUUUCUAGGAAUAAGAGAUGUAAUGUAAACGAAAUUUUAGCUUCAGUAAUAGUCAUUUUUCAACAAGUAUCAUUUCGCGAGCAGAAUAUCAAACGCUAUAGCAUGUAAGAAUCUGCAUUUGCUCCACGCGUAGCAUACGUUAUGCUGAACAUUUCGGUGUACUGAACUGAUUUUGUUAUGCACAAACUGCAUAUAAAACAACAGAUUAGGAGACAGAUUUCAGUGCGAAUAGUAAACAUUAACAGUAGGAAUACUCCAAGCUAAGCCUCGUGUACAAAAUUGAAAGCUUCCUGUGCCAAAAUCAAUAUGAAACUAAGCGACCAGGCGUGUAAAAAUGUGUAUACAUAAAGUUAGGUAGACUGACAUUAAUAUGCAUAAUAACAAUUUUGUGUCACAAUUAUCAUCCUUCAUUCUGAUACAGAAACUAUUGCUCACAAACAUUCGCCGCGAUAGUUUUUUUAAGCAUUAAUUAGCCGUAGUGAAACUUUAGACUAUGUAAAUGUAAAUUUUACCAAAUAUGAUAAUUGUCUCUCAGUACAUAAAAAUACUUAUCGUAAAUAUAUUAUUGAUUUUGAUUUCA